AUGUGUGGUAUUUUUGCCGCCUACAACGUGGACGAUGUCCUCGCCUUCAAGCCAAAGGCCUUGCAAUACUCCAAGAGAAUCAGACACAGAGGUCCAGAUUGGUCUGGUAACGUGAUCGCCAACUCCACGAUUCUGUGUCACGAGAGAUUGGCGAUCGUCGGGUUGGACGCCGGUGCCCAACCUAUCGUCUCCCCAGACGGAAGAUACUCCUUGAGUGUCAACGGUGAAAUCUACAACCACAUCGAAUUGAGAACGGUUCUGAAGGACUACGACUUCAAGACCCUCUCCGACUGUGAAACCAUCAUCCCUCUUUUCGAGAAAUACGGCGUCGACGCUCCAAACUACUUGGACGGUAUGUUCGCAUGGGUUCUUUACGACAAGGAGACCGACAGAAUCGUCGCCGCAAGAGAUCCAAUCGGUAUCACCACUCUCUACAUGGGUAGAUCCUCGAAGAACCCAAAGACGGUGUACUUUGCCUCCGAGCUGAAGUGUUUGACCGACGAGUGCGACCAGAUCGAAGCCUUCCCUCCGGGCCACAUUUACGACUCCAACACCGACAAGAUGACCAGAUACUUCAAGCCAAACUGGUGGGACGAAAACAAAACCGCCACCGGCGACUGUGACUUCACGGCCAUCAGAGAAUCCUUGGAGCUUGCUGUCAGAAAGAGAUUGAUGGCAGAAGUUCCUUACGGUGUCCUUUUGUCCGGUGGUUUGGACUCUUCCUUGAUUGCCUCCAUUGCUGUCAGAGAAACUCAGAAGGCUGCUGCCGCUGAAGCCAAUGUUGCAAUCGACGCUAACAAGACUUUGACCGGUGUCGACGCAAAGGGUAAUCUUUCUUUCACUGGUUGGACUAAACUUCAUUCUUUUGCCAUCGGUUUGCCAAACGCUCCAGAUUUAAUUGCCGCCAAGAAGGUCGCUGAAUACCUCGGCACCAUCCACCACGAACACACCUUCACCUUGGACGACGGUUUUGACGCCUUGUCCGACGUCAUCUACCAUUUGGAGACCUACGAUGUCACCACCAUCAGAGCAUCUACCCCAAUGUACCUUUUGUCCAGAAAGAUCAAGGCUCAAGGUGUCAAGAUGGUUCUCUCCGGUGAAGGUUCCGAUGAAAUCUUCGGUGGCUACCUUUACUUUGCGCAAGCCCCAAGUGCUGCUGAAUUCCACACCGAAUCCGUCAAGCGUGUCAAGAACUUGCAUCUUGCUGACUGUUUGAGAGCAAACAAGUCGACCAUGGCAUGGGGUUUGGAAGCUCGUGUUCCUUUCCUCGAUAAGGAAUUCUUGAACGUUUGCAUGAACAUCGAUCCAAAAUACAAGAUGAUCAACUCAAAGGAAGGUAAGAUUGAAAAAUACAUUCUCAGAAAGGCCUUCGACACAAGCGAUGACCCAUCUGCUAAACCUUACUUACCAAAGGAAAUUCUUUGGAGACAAAAGGAACAGUUCUCUGAUGGUGUCGGUUACUCUUGGAUCGACGGUUUGAAGGACCUUGCCGAAAAGCAAGUCUCCGACGAAGAAUUCGCAAACCCUAAGCCAGAAUGGGGAUCCGAUAUCCCAACGACAAAGGAAGCCUACCUUUACAGAUGUAAAUUCGACGAGUUAUUCCCUUCAAAGGCUGCUGCUUCUACCGUCAUGAGAUGGAUUCCAAAGGCAGAAUGGGGUUGUCACGAAGAUCCUUCCGGUAGAUAUGCUAAGAUUCACGAAGCAGCUGUCGAAAAUUAA